AUUAGUAAGCAAUGCCGCUGUUACUGCAAAUGUAAAUACAUUAAUACCAUGAUGUAACAAUAUAUGUGCGUAUAUCUGCGCGCGCUGUUUGCCCACUGUUGAGCUCGUGAGUCUACUUUUGACAUCAGCAGAUAUGGACUGUGUCCUCGAAGGAAAUUGUGUAAAAGCAUUUGGAAAGGCCAUUCAUGCCCUUUCACGGAUUGGUGAUGAGCUCUGGUUGGAUCCCAUGGUCAAAGGGUUGGCGCUGAGAUCAGUGAAUUCUGCUCAUUCUGCAUACGCCUGCUUCCUCUUCUCGCCACUGUUCUUCCAGCACUACAGCCCGGUAUCAGGAUCACAGCAGGGCGGUGAAACAAUUACAUGCAAACUGGUCAUGAAGUCUGUGCUGCCACUUUUCCGGUGUUUGGUGUCCAUUGAGCGUAAUGUGGAACAAUGUCAGAUAUCAGUCGGCACUCCCAAAGACAGGGUGAUGAUCCAGUUGUUCUGCAGGCACGGCAUCACCAAAACCCACAACCUAUAUUUCCAGGAAAGUGAGGCUCUGCAGGCAGUAUUUGCCUCACACCUGUGUCCCAAUGUGCUGAAGGCUCCAGCCAGGCUUCUUGGUGAUAUGGUGAUGCAUUUCCCAGCGUCUCAGGAGGAAAUCACUCUGUCCAUGACUCCCCUGAGAGUCUGUCUGAGAAAUUACUAUGAGGGUGGAAAUGAUCACAUGAAGACGAUGUACACUGAGAUGUCCUUGCACCCAGACGAGUUUGACUACUUUCAGUUUGGAGGGGACUCAGACAUAACCUUCUGUCUGAAGGAGCUGAGAGUAAUGGGUUUACUGUCCUUUGCAGAAUCACAUUCCCUGCCAGUAUCGGUCCACUUUGGUGCUCCGGGAAAGCCUGUGUGCUUCUCUGUGGAGGACAUGGUGCUGGAGGCCAUGGUGGUGCUGGCUACUCUGAUUGACUCUGAAAGCAGGGGCCCCUCUCAGCCUACAGAGACCCUGGCCCAGACUUCCCCCAGGUGUCUUGCACUACGUGUGGGGUCAUGUGAGACAGACACCGAUAAGCCCCAGGAUAUUCCUGUUGUGAUGGAGCUGAUCGCAUCCAGCCAGGGCAGCCCUAUAUUCAACCCAGCCACUCUGAUGCAGCCUCUGCCUCAGACUGAUGACCCACACAGACUCUGUGUACCUGAUGAGGCCUGUGCCAGUGCCACCACAACUCCUGCUUCCUCCACGAUCUGCUCCCUCCUGUUCAGGGCCUUGUCCUCAGAGCAGGACGAUGAUGGUUGUGCUGCCAGACUGCCUGUCCUGGCAUGUUACAGCGACACGGAGGAGGAUAUGGAGGACGACUGUACAAGAAGCCCUUCACUCUGAGGACAGAGCUGUUAACCACUGCCCAACUCUCAUCUUGACUUUUUUGAAUUCAUCUGAAAGUAGGCCACAACAUUAUAAACUGUAGUCUGGAUGGUUAAAUUAAUUAAUAUUUAAUAUAUUUUACAUUUCAAGUCAUUUUUAAGCAUGUUGUUUAUAGCUAAAAUGUUGCUUUGCUUGUUUAAACUGUUUACAACGUGUCACGUUUCUCCAAUGUUCACUUGGAAAUACAAGAGAAUGUAUUUAUUUAUCAAAGAUUAUAUCAAUCAAUUUGU